CCGCUCCAACAUGUUGGCAGGAGGAGGCGGAGGAGGAUGCUGCGCUCAAACCUCGGUGCGUUCUUGCCACCUCGCCGGCCGGCGCGCGGUGCCUCUGACUCAGAGCCGCCUUUCACUUGUAUCCGCCUGAAGGAAUUAAGAAGGGAGGGGGGCCGCCGGGCCCCCCAGGUUCCGCAGGACAUCAGGAGCGCUCGCGCCAGGAUCCCCAGGAGGAGCAGCAGCAGCAGCAGGAGGAGAGUAGAACACAGCAACUGCCCCUCAUCUGGAGUGGAAACUAUCACCUCAGACAUCACCGCCGCCUCCUCUGCUUUCCCUGACACUUCUCCCUUUUCCGCUCCAAGAGCCAUGUGGCAAGCGGCAAUAAGGAGGAAGCGCUACCUCCUGGACCGGGAUGGGGAGCCCGGUGAGGGAAAGAAGGGAGGUCAGCAUCGGAGGAGCAGAUCCCGGGACUGGUUGUACGAGUCGUACUACUGCAUGAGCCAGCAGCAUCCGCUGAUUGUGUUCCUGCUGCUCAUAGUGAUGGGAGCGUGCUUGGCUCUGCUGACUGUGUUCUUUGCAUCGGGACUGAACGUUGAGGACCACGUGGCCUUUGUAAUCACAGUGCCCACAGCGUUGGCCAUCUUCCUGGCUGUAUUUGUUUUGGUCUGCAUCGAAUCCAUUUUCAAGAAGCUUCUUCGGGUUUUCUCCCUUGUCAUCUGGGCCUGCUUGGUCGCUAUGGGUUACCUUUUUAUGUUUUCCGGUGGGAUCGUCUGCCCGUGGGACCAGGUGUCCUUCUUUUUGUUCAUCGUUUUCGUGGUUUACACGAUGCUGCCGUUCUCCAUGCGGGAGGCCGUCAUCGCCAGCGUUGUCACGUCUGCCUCGCACACGGCCGUGUUGAGCGUCUGCCUCGCUACGACGGCUGAUCACAUGGAACCUGUGGUAUGGCAGAUUUUGGCCAAUAUCAUCAUUUUCAUGUGUGGCAACAUGGCGGGGGCGUACCACAAACACCUGAUGGAGUUGGCACUCAAGCAGACUUAUCAGGACACCUGCAACUGCAUCAAAUCUCCCAUUAAACUGGAAUUUGAAAAGAGACAGCAGGAGCGUCUGCUGCUGUCGCUGCUGCCGGCGCACAUCGCCCGAGUGAUGAAAGCAGAAAUCAUCCAGAGACUCAAAGGGCCAAAUUUGGGUCAGAUCGAGAACACCAACAAUUUUCACAACCUCUAUGUUCAGAGACACACUAAUGUCAGCAUACUGUAUGCUGAUAUCGUUGGAUUCACACGCCUUGCCAGUGACUGCUCACCUGGCGAGCUGGUGCACAUGCUAAAUGAAUUGUUUGGCAAAUUUGACCAAAUUGCCAAGGAAAAUGAAUGUAUGCGGAUAAAAAUCCUUGGAGAUUGUUACUAUUGCGUAUCUGGCCUGCCAGAGUCUCUACCGAAUCACGCCAAGAACUGCGUCAAAAUGGGACUGGACAUGUGUGAGGCCAUCAAGAAAGUGCGUGAUGCCACAGGGGUUGACAUCAAUAUGCGUGUUGGCGUGCAUUCAGGGAACGUUCUGUGCGGGGUCAUCGGACUUCAGAAAUGGCAGUAUGAUGUUUGGUCACAUGAUGUCACGCUGGCCAACCACAUGGAAGCAGGAGGCGUGCCCGGGCGAGUCCACAUCACAUCAGUGACACUGGAGCACCUGAAUGCAGCCUACAAAGUGGAAGACGGGGACGGGCAGGAGAGAGACCCUUACCUCAAGGAGCACGGAGUCAUCACAUAUUUGGUGAUUAACCCAAAGGUGGAGCGUCGCAGCCCGCAGCAUCACUACAGGCCCCGACACCCCCUGGACGGAGCCAAGAUGAGAGCCUCGGUCCGGAUGACCCGCUACCUGGAGUCUUGGGGGGCAGCCAAGCCUUUCGCCAACCUGCACCACAGGGACAGCAUGACCAACGAGAACGGAAAGAUCAACACGGCCGAUGUGCCGACGGGGCAGUACCAUUUCCAGAGGAGAUCUGAAAGGACAAAAUCUCAGAAAAAGCGGUUCGAGGAGGAACUUAAUGAGAGGAUGAUCAGGACCUUUGAUGGCAUAAAUUCCCAAAAGCAGUGGCUCAAAUCUGAGGACAUCCAAAGAAUAUCGUUAUUCUUUCACAAUAAAUCCCUGGAAAAGGAGUACAGAACAACAAUCUUGCCAGCCUUCAAAUACUACAUCACCUGCGCCUGUCUCAUCUUUUCCUGCAUUUUCAUUGUGCAGAUACUCGUCUUACCAAAGACAGCAGUCUUGGGGAUAUCUUUUGGGAUGGCUUUCUUUUUCCUUUCCUUGAUUGUCUUCAUCUGUUUCAUCGGACACGUCAUGCACUGCAGCAAAAGCGCGCCCACUUCGUGGACGUGGCUGCUCAGGUCGUCUGUGAUUAUCGCCAACAAGCCGUGGCCCCGAAUCACGCUCACCUUGACGACGACAGCUCUCAUACUCACUAUGGCGGUAUUCAACAUGUUCUUUUUGGAGGACAACGCGCUGUCUCCACUUGCCGUCUACAAUUCGACCAAUGAAACGCAGCUUUACGCGGACGGACAACCGGCAGGCCCAAACAACUUCUACCUUCCUUAUUUAAUUUACAGCUGCAUUCUGGGCCUGAUCUCCUGCUCGGUGUUCCUGAGGAUAAACUAUGAGCUGAAAAUGAUAACCAUGUUGACAGCCCUGGUGGUUUACAACGUCAUCAUUCUCCAAACACACGCUUCGCUCUUGGAUGAAUAUAGCCGAUUCCUGUACAAAUCUGAAAGCCUGGACAGGCCAGGAGUCCUCAAAGACCUGAAGACGAUGGGCUCCAUCUCACUCUUCAUCUUCUUCAUCACGCUACUUGUGCUUGCCCGGCAGAAUGAAUAUUACUGUAGGUUAGACUUUCUGUGGAAGAACAAGUUCAAGAAGGAGUGCGAGGAGAUCGAAACUAUGGAAAACCUCAACCGUGUCUUGCUGGAGAACGUCCUGCCUGCACAUGUCGCGGAGCACUUCCUGGCACGGAAUUGGAAGAAUGAGGAUCUGUACCACCAGUCUUACGAUCUGGUGUGCGUCAUGUUUGCCUCCAUUCCAGACUUUAAAGAGUUUUACACGGAAUCUGAUGUCAACAAGGAAGGAUUAGAGUGUCUGCGGCUUCUCAAUGAGAUCAUAGCCGAUUUUGAUGAGCUAUUGUCAAAGCCUAAAUUCAGUGGUGUGGAAAAGAUUAAAACUAUUGGAAGCACUUACAUGGCUGCUACAGGGCUCAAUGCCUCGCCUGGACCAGAGUACCCAUCACAGGAACAUGACAGACAGUACUUGCACAUUGGGACCAUGGUGGAGUUUGCAUUUGCUUUAGUGGGGAAGCUGGAUCUUAUCAACAGACACUCAUUCAAUGACUUCAAACUCCGAGUUGGUAUCAACCAUGGGCCAGUGAUUGCUGGAGUCAUAGGAGCACAAAAGCCGCAGUAUGAUAUCUGGGGCAACACAGUGAACGUCGCCAGCCGCAUGGACAGCACGGGGAUUCUGGGCAAAAUACAGGUGACAGAGGAGACAAGCCGCAUCCUCUUGACGCUGGGCUACAUGUGCUCCUGUCGAGGCAUCAUCAACGUCAAGGGCAAAGGAGAGCUCAAGACGUACUUUGUUCACACAGAAAUGACCCGCUCACUGUCUCAAGGGAAUAUGAUGUCGUGAGAUUUGAGUUGAAUUAUUAUUUUGGCUGCAGAGCCAACACUGAUAUCAGGUUGGAGACUUUUUAGUGGCGGUGAAAAAAAAAAUUGCGGUUUAGGGUGGGGGGGGGACCAAAAAAAAGUUCUUGUUGCCUUGCCACAGCUGUAGUUUUCAUUUGUCACUUUGAUGUAAAGUGUAGCAUGUACCGUACAGCCAGUAUGAAAUAAAACCAUGAAAUCUAUCAUAAUUUCAUUGUUGGAUUAGGAAAGCCAAAGGGGCAUGAAUCGGGCCAGCCAAGCCGUUCUGCGUCAAAAACAAUCCCAAAAGUACUCCGACUCAAUUCUGGCAGGCUUCAACGAGCUUAUUGCUGCAGUAGAUGAUCAAUAAAAAAAAAAAAAAAAAAACGGACUGUAUUCCAUUGGCUUUACACAUGACAAUUUGGAUUAGAGCUGAUGUGCAAUGCGAGGGUAUGUGGAGACCAGCGAGAAAGCCUUUUGUUCUGCAUGGAAAAUAACUUCAGCUCAGCGUGACCGAUGACAAUGACAAGAUUUGACUUGCGUUUUAAUUGAAUGAUACAGGCCACGAUGGUCUUUUAUGAAAAUCAAGGCUCCCAAACAUUACAGAGGAGUAAUGCAUGACUCCAGUUUCAGACAGACACACACACAUAUGUGACUAUAACGACACCUACCUUUUUAGACUCACGUAGCGUUGAAUGUCUGAAUGAAUAAAUUUUGUAAAAUAUCCAUGUAGGGCCAUCUUUUCGCACUUGAAUCAUCUUGUCAAAAUUGGCUAUUUGCACAACACGCGAGGUUAGAAAGCAGCUUAACGUCACGCAUGAGAAAAGAAACAUGGGUAGAGAUGAUUGAUGUGUGUGGUAUCUGCUUGUAUCCGUGUACAGGGUAGCUAUAGAUAAGUGGUGUGCCAUGGUGCUUUUUAAGAAAAGAAUAUAUUACUAAAAAAUGAUUCCAUUGUUAUUUUUCUUUAAAAAAAAAAAAAAAAACUAAAAAGGCCAUUAUAUUUCCAUGUAUUUCACUCAUAUUUGAAAGAAAAUAAACUGGAUGAGGUUUAAUAUAGCUUCACCAUGAUGUAUGAUCAUCUCAUGUUGCAAAACAAAAUCAAAAAUCAAAUGUGAUCUGAUCAUCAGUUCAAUAUCAGUUUACACUGAUGUCAGUGUGGCGCUAAUUCCCCUUACACUGUUUGAGGCGCUCCAUUCUGCUGCAUAUUGAAUGAAGUGUUGACUUUUGUCAAUUAGUGAUCAUUUGACAUCACAGAGGAGCGCCACGCCUCGCAGGAUCCAGUGUUCUGGACACGCUGAGGUCUUAAGGUCGACCGCUGCAAUGUAGUUCACGUCUGUCCUAACUGGCUUUUUG